GACAUGACGCGUACCCUGUCGCGAUCUCGAGUUGGUGACGUCAGCACCCCUUCGAGAUCAGCUCAUCUCGAUCUCGACAAAGACGUUGUCUUUGACUUUGGUGUUUCUGUUCCCCCUCUUGCUCUGGUGUUGACUCUUUACCAGAAGUAGUAAUGUUGCUUUGCUCUCUUCUGUCCUUCGGUUUCUUCUCUCUCUCUUCUCCUCCUGCUUGGUUUGCUGCUUUCCAGGCCAAGUUUGAGCGCAUGAGGAGCAACUCUGCUCUCAAGAAGGAGCUGGCUGCCGCCCGUUCCAGAAUCUUGGAGCUUGAGUCCAAGCUGGCUCAUCUGCUGCCUCUCCUUGGAGUGCAUGGAGAUGAUCUGGUUGCUGCUCCCUCUUCUUCUGUCUCGCCUUCUGCUGCUGGCUCCAAGUGGGCUCAAGCCUUUGGUAAGUCCAAAAACGGCCUCUUUAUGAGUAGUCUACUUGCCAACAAGUACCGUGACCGUCUCUCCGCCUUCCGCCGCAAGCUGCGACUGAUCGGGCUGGAUAACAGCCGUGUACUUGAUGUGCACUAUCCGGCUCGUAACGUCGAGGAUCUCCUGAAGGUCAUGGCCAAGUACUCGCUUCCGGUCUUGACUGACUUUGAUCCUUUCUCUGCGGCCAACGUCAAGGAUCCUGCGUUUGCGUCUUUGGAUGCUGAUGCUCUCUCUGCCAAAGCACGCGAGUUGCAGCAAGCUCGUCUUGUCCGUGCUCUGGGAUUCAUCAGAGAACAAGUACGUAGACAGGUGGCCUACGACUUUGUCCGUCAAGGCUGGUUGUCGAAAGAACAAGCUGGCUCCGUGGUUGGUCCUCUCUCCGCUGUGGCUGGUGCUGGUGCUGGUGCUGACGCUCCCUCUGUCUCUCCUUCCAGUAUGGAUUUUACCUUGGCCGGUGAUGGUGAACCGGUCUCCUCCUCUUAAUGAGUGAGGUACCUAUGGCUCCUUAUGCUUCUAUGCCCCCUUCCUCUCCUUCUCCUAUGACUUCACCAUGACUAUAUGGAAUGCUAAUGGUAUUGCUCGUCAAGCCAUUAGCACUGUUACCGACUACCUCUAUGACUCCUCACUCAUUUUCAUCACCGAAACCUGGCUUCUUCCUCCUCUCCGCUUCCCUACCUCUUGGCAACAGUACCACACCUAUGGUCAACCUGUUGCUGACUCUUUCCGU